AUGGCACCGAGUAGAACAACAACUUCAUUAACGGAUUAUAUAGAAGAUUUUGGUAAGCUUCUUAUUUGCUUUGUAAAGAAAGUUCUUGCCAUUUCUCGUUCUGUAAAGGAAGUUCUUGCCAUUUGUCGCGAAGUUGCGAGUUAAGAAAUACAAAAACAUGUUUACAAAAAUAUAGAACCGGUCCAGAACAAAGAAGGUCUUUUUUAUCUUGCAAAAACUGUUUAUAGUUAGGCCGAUUUGGCCAAAAACUAAAAAGUCUCUAACCAACUAGACCGCGGAUCGGUCGUAUUUUAUAUUUUUGGAUAAAUAAAUAUUUUAUAUACUGUAACUAGCUAAUAAUACAAUAUUCAUAAUAAUUUUAUGACACAUUUCUCGUCCUGUAAAGAAAGUUAUUGCUAUUUUUUGUUUUGUAAAGGAAGUUCUUGCCAUUUUUAGUCUUGUAAUGAUAUAUAGUCUUUGCUAAUUUUAUUGUUUUUGCAGAGUUUGUUUCAAGUCAGCCGUCCAAGUCGUCUCAAUCUCGUCCUUCUAGUUCAGAUGUCAUUGUUUCUUGUAAGUCAUUGUUAAUUUUUUUACCAUUACUACUUUCUUAAUACGGUAGCGAGACUAUAACCAGAAUUUACUAUGUAAUCGUUUUUUUAACAAUGCAAGAUGUAUAUAAUGGUUUAAUAAAGUCUUGUCGUUCAUUUGUAUGUAUUUUGGUAAGGAAAAACGACAAAAAUUUUUUGAAUUUUUAAAUACUUGUAAAUGCUUUUUUACUUUGAAUACCUAAAAUAAUAUACUCAAAAAUGGUGUAUAUUUUUAAUGUAUACUCAAAAACCAUGCUUAAACUACUAACUUUCCACCUUUCAGCAUGUUGUGUGGCAAGUUCGACAGCCUAUAACGCAUUGUACAUCUUCAUUACCAUGUUAUUAUUGUUGAUAUUUGCUUGGCUUUGUUGGAUAUGCUAUGCUCGUCAUUUCGUGAAGAGGGAAGCCAAACUGAAGAUUGAGAAACGGCGGAAAAAGAUCUUGGCAAUGGCGGAGAAGAACCGACCCGACUUGGCUAGAGGUGGGUGGAUUUGUUAG